CGUUGCUUAGUGCCACGUUGAUGGAGACCAGUGGGGACGUGGAAAUCUGUCUUGAGUCCGUACCCGGGACCCGGUAGCCUCGUCUUCUGUUUUUACAGCCGUUAAUCCUCAAAGCAGAACCGAAAGGGGAACUCGUUCGGGCGGAGGCUGUCCGUUUUUGCCACUUAUUGUAUGUGUGCGUUCAUGUAAGAAGCAGAAAAGAAGAAGAAGGAUGAAACUUAAAGAGAUCAACCGCACAGCCAUCCAGAGCUGGAGUCCUGCACAGCACCACCCCAUCUACCUUGCAACAGGAACAUCAGCCCAGCAGCUGGAUGCCUCCUUCAGCACCAAUGCCUCCUUGGAGUUUUUCGAGCUGGACUUGACUGAUCCUUCUCUGGACAUGAAGUCAUGUGGCACCUUCUCCUCCUCUCACAGAUACCACAAGCUGGUGUGGGGUCCCUAUGGAAUGGAUUCCCAAGGUAACCCGUCUGGGGUCCUUGUUGCAGGAGGCGAGAACGGCAACGUCAUCCUGUACGACCCUGCAAAGAUCAUGGCUGGAGAGAGCGACGUGAUCAUUGCUGAGAGUGACAAGCACACGGGACCAGUGAGAGCUCUCGACGUCAACCCGUUCCAAACAAACCUAGUUGCAUCAGGUGGGAACGAGUCUGAAAUCUAUAUCUGGGAUAUGAAUAACUUUGACUCUCCAAUGACACCAGGACCUAAAACUCAGCCUCUGGAGGACAUCAGCUGUGUGUCUUGGAACAGACAGGUACAACACAUCCUGGCCUCUGCCAGCCCGAGUGGCCGAGCCUCAGUGUGGGACCUUCGCAAGAAUGACCUCAUUAUUAAAGUUAGCGACCACAGCAACCGAAUGCAUUGCUCUGGGCUGGCUUGGAACCCAGAAGUUGCCACUCAGCUGGUCUUGUCCUCGGAGGACGACCGGAUGCCCGUCAUCCAGAUGUGGGACUUACGUUUUGCUACCUCUCCUCUCAAGAUUUUAGAGAAUCACACACGGGGUGUCCUGGCCAUCGCCUGGAGUUUGGCUGAUCCUGAGCUGCUCCUGAGCUGCGGGAAGGACAGCAGGAUCCUGUGCUGGAAUCCAAACACAGCAGAGGUUCUGUACGAGUUGCCCAUCAGUAGUCAGUGGUGCUUUGACAUCCAGUGGUGCCCCAGGAACCCUGCGGUGCUGUCGGCUGCAGGCUUUGACGGACACAUCGACAUCUAUUCCAUCAUGGGAGGCAGCAACCAGGCGCAGAGCCAGAGACAUGCUGACCAGAUUAGCAACUCGUUUGGGAACAUGGAUCCUUUUGGAACAGGACAAACUUACCCCCCUCUGCAGCUGCCCCAGACUACUGCGCCUCCAGCUACAGUCAACCCCCUGAAGAAGCCACCAAAGUGGAUCCGCAGACCAGUUGGAGCCUCGUUUGCUUUUGGUGGGAAGCUGGUCUCUCUGGAGAACACAAAGCCGAACCCUCAGCAGCCUCAGCAGCCCACUUCACAUGUUGUACAUGUCAGCCAGGUUGUUACAGAAACAGCCUUUCUGAAGCGCUCCGAUCAGCUGCAGGCCACUCUGAGUGCAGGCAGCUUUGUGGAUUUCUGCCAGGAAAAGAUCGAUGCCGCUGAAAAUGAGUUUGAAAAGACCGUUUGGUCUUUCCUCAAGGUUAAUUUUGAAAGUGAUAUCCGCAGCAAGUACCUGGAACUCCUGGGGUACAACAAAGAGGAACUAGCCUUAAAGAUUUCAGCAGCGCUAGAGGAAAAGCCUGCUGGCCCUCUGCAGGUGGAAGUGCCUGCUCCAGCCAGCCUGCAGCCUUUAGCAGACCUCAGCCUCGUGCCACCUGCUGACCAUCCUGAGGCAGCGUUCGACAUGAUUGCUGCAGCAAACCUUCAGCCAGAAGCCACAGCGGAACUGGACUCCAAUCCUGAGGCAGCGUUCGACAUGAUUGCUGCAGCAAACCUUCAACCAGAGGCCACACUGGAACUGGACUCCACUCCUGACCCUGAGACUGAAGAGCCAGCAGCAGAAGAUCAAGAGGACGCUCUUCCAGAGGAGGAAGCAGAGGAAGAGGAGAUCCCCUUGGAGGAGGAGAAAACGGCACGAGUGGAGAAGGAGCCCAGUCCUGCUGAGACCUCAGCUGCAGUUGAGGAGCCACCUGAGGUCCCAGCUCCAGUUCCAGCUCCUGCUCCGUCUCCAGCUCUAGCUCCAGCCAAUCCAGAAGGACUCACUCUCAGCAUCAGUCAAGAUGUGGACGGGCUGAUCACACAGGCCCUGCUGACCGGAGACUUUGAGGGCGCUGUGGACCUUUGUCUUCAUGACAACCGAAUGGCAGACAGCAUCAUCCUGGCCAUCGCCGGAGGGUCCGAGCUCUUAGAGAAGACCCAGAAAAAGUAUUUUACGAAAACACACAGCAAGAUAACCAAGCUGAUCAGUGCAGUGGUGAUGAAAGACUGGCACGACAUCCUGAAGACGUGUGACCUGCAGAACUGGAAGGAGGCUCUGGCUGCGGUCAUGACCUACGCUCAGCCGGAGGAGUUCUCUUCCCUCUGUGACCUUCUCGGGGGCAGACUAGAGGCAGCAGAGGACGCACAACUGCAAGCCCAGGCCUGUCUGUGUUACAUCUGUGCUGGAAACGUGGAGAAACUUGUGGCUUGUUGGACCAGAGCACAGAACGGACACUGCCCACUUUCUCUCCAGGACCUGGUGGAGAAGGUGGUGGUGCUGCGGCGUGCAGUGGAGCAGACCCAGCGCUCCGGUCCCACUGCUGUUGGCAUCCUGCUGGCUGAGAAGAUGAGCCAGUAUGCCAGCCUGUUGGCCUCCCAGGGCAGUCUGUCCACCGCCAUCACCUACCUGCCUGACAACUCAAACCAGGUUGCCAUACAGCAGCUUCGGGACCGUCUCAGUCGGGCUCUGGGGCAGCAGGCGGUGGCUCAUGCAGCUCCGGUACAAACCCAGAGACCUCAGUCUCGGCUACCUGCCCCGACACCGGCUCAGCACGGUUCAGCCUUGCCCCGACAUCCGUUCACCCCGGUCCAGCCCGCCUUGGUGCCUCAGGCCCCUGCAGCAGCUCCAGUACCCGUGCCUACACCUGCUGCCUCCGGCCCAGCACAGCCGCAGUAUUACCAGCCAGUGAGGGCUGCCUCCACUGUCACCUCCUGGAGUAACCAAACUCCCACAGCCCUCCCCAAUGCCCCUCCUCCUCUUCAAACUGGCAGCGCCUCAGACCAGCAGAUGGAGCCUUCAAACCCCAUGUACGGGAUGCCACCCUCCGGCACAGCUGCUGCACCUCCACCCUCCUCCACUCCUGCAUACAUAAUGUCCCAUCAGUACCAGCCCUACUCCCAGGUCAGCCAGUACCCCCAUGGAGCUGGGGGGGCGCCUUUCUAUCAGCCUCUUCAGUACUCCUCUGCUGCUCCUCCUCCUGCAGAGCCUCCUGGCUUUCUCUCUCAGUACACACAGCCUGUCUCCUCUCAGCCAGCACAUCCGGUCUAUCCCAGGCAACCUCCCAUCAGCCAGUGCCUGUCCUUCCCUCCCUCCCAUCCUCCUUUCUUUCCGACUGCCUCCUCCUCUUAUUCCGCUCCUCCGUCCUCCGGAGCAUCUUUUCAGCAUGGCGGACCGGGAUCUCCUGUGUCGUACAUGCCUCUUCCUCCACCGAGCGGAGUCUCAGGUACACAGCUAGACCAUGACCCCGGGCUGAUCCCCGCCUCUCAGAGAACAGGGCCUCAGAAUGGCUGGAAUGACCCUCCGGCCCUGAGCAGAGCAUCAAAGAAUAAGCAGGUUCGGGAGAACUACACCCGUCCUGCCCCCAUCACUGCUCCCAUCAUGGCUCCGCUGGGCGCUGACCCUGUGGCCCAACCCGCCUCCUCCGGGCCCCCUCAGGCCAUGGUCCAGGGCCAGCACGGUGCCCAGCUCCCGUACUCAAGCAUGCACCAGCAGCAGCUCUCCCCUCCACCAUGAACCCUGCAAUGCCUAAGACCAGUAUGGAGGGGGCACCAGGAGC